AUGAGCUCAUUGGCUCUGUCGCAAGCAGAGACACGGAACGUGCGUGGUUCAGUUGCUUCAAGCAUCUACGACGAAACAGAGACAACGAAGUCGACAAUACCGCCAUUGAGGAUUGUGAAAAAGGUGCCGGUCCCGCAGCUGCCGCCUUUUGACCUCGCAGACGAGACGACAUCCCUCACGGAAGUUUCAUUGAGCAAGCCCCAGCAUCGAGAUCUAGACAACCCCACAGAAGCCAAUCGAAGUUCGACCGACAGCACAAGAACCGUCACUCAGAGGACUAUUGAACCGUCGACGAGUCACUUCAGCUGGACGACCUAUGCAGAGACGGAACGCAGUGUUUCACCUACCACGUCGUACAUCGAACAAAUACCGGACAGUCGAUUCAGUUGGACGACAGCAAGCACAGCGACGACGUAUCGACAAGAAACCCCCCCUUCUAGUCCGCCUCGCACAUACCCCAGCUCCAUCAUGUCAAGAAGACGUCCUGUGCCAGGAAAAGAAGCAGCACCCCCAAAAAGACACGAUAGCAUGGGCGACGUGCAAGAUUUGCCAGAAGCAGCAAGGGACAAAGCUCUACCCCAACCACCAAAGACGAGACAUCAAGGAGACCACAUCGACGAGCUGAUGUCACGCCUGGAGUCGCUAGAAUUACAGAAAACAAACAUGCAAAAGCUGCUGAAGGAGUUGGCGAAGGUGGAGAUGGCUAGCCCAAUUGACGUCUCGGAGAAGAUGCGGCGCGAGAACCGCAAGAAGAUGGGCGAAGUCCACACCAGGCAGGACGAAGUACAAAAGGAGUUGUUCGAAGUUGGAAGACUGUUGAGCAGAGCCAGAGCAAAGGCCGAGGAGGCAGGCGGUAGUACGGGGCUAUGGCUUCGACGCGUCACAGAUUGA